AUGUCGAAAUUUAACAUCAUUUGUUUUGCUAUUAUCAAAGCUAUGUGCCCUGAAGAACCCUUCAGCGGACCCGCCUACCAGCUGGUACUGUUUUGGUGUGACUGCACGACCUUCGAGGAAACUUCAGUGAGACUUUUCGAUCCCAUGAUCCCCAAUAUCCUCGCUAGUCUAGGAAGUCAAGCUGCGGUCCUGGAAGCUGCAGGCUGGACGGUGCGGAUGACUGGAAAACGAAUAUAUGAGCCUGUUGAGAGAAAAGUCGCCGUCGAUCGCCUCGUAUCUCUGGUCAGCAAAUUGGCACGGUGUGGUGUAGUAUCUCUUCACGAUGCACCCGACUUCAUGCUCUCAAUGUUCUUCAUUGCUCUGGAUCGAUCAACCUCUGCCGAAUUGAGGUCACACAUCAUUGUUGCCAUCGAAUUGCUUGGGCAGACGCUGUCGGGUAGUGGCGACGGUCCUAUUGACAUAGAGGUUUCUGUGUGCUCUAAAAUCUUACAAUUUGCGAAAGACUUGAGCCCUCUCAAUCGUGCAUAUCUUUUGUCUUUGAUGCCUGGUGGAUGUCCAUCCACCGGCCGUAUCGUACGGUGGCUUGCGAACUGCUUACUCCUCAACACCGAUAUGCCCUCUCCGGCCUCGUAUAAGUCGUUGCCUCCGCUCUCACCUAUCGUCGACUUGCUAUCACCACCAACUGGCUCCGGUGAUCUCUUUGAUAUUAUAGGCAACUUGGAGACGGUUAACUACUACGACGAUCUUGUCUGCCAUAUCGACAUACUUAGCAAAGUCUUAAAUGACGUCGAAGCGUAUGUGGCGCUGGAGAACGGCAUUCGCUUAGAAGCUGCUUCGACCGAGGUUGCUGAGUCAGAAAGUACCUCUCCCCAGAAGGGCUCGAGCUCGAGGGAAGCGCCUCCUACACGGCUAGAACAGAUCAAGGCUGUGCUUGAUGGAUUGCAUGGCAAGAUUGUGGACACCCGGGCUGCUCACCUGGACCGCUCACGCGCGAAGGCGGCCUUACAGCGGUUGUCCUUCCGUUUGUAUUAUCAGAGAACAGCUAGCCUCCGCUCAGGCAAGCCUCGAAAUCUACACGGUUAUUUCGGACAGUCGAGAAAGUAA